UUACGAAAUGCUUAUAAAUAUUUAUUUAUUUUUUAUUUAAAUAUUAAAAUGUAAGAACAGUUUGAUAUAAAUUUACGUCAGUUAUAUACUUCAAAUCUUAAUCCUUGAUUUAAUUAUUAUUAUUUUAGUUAAAAUUAUUCGUUUUAUUUCUAAUAUUUAUUUGUAAUUUGUAAUUAAAAUUUAUGAAAAUUUGAAUAUGGCCGCGCAUGAAGGACUUGAUUAUGACCCCACGGAUGGUCAUUAUUCUGAUGUUGUGUUAACAAUUCGAAUUCUUAUGGGAAAGGAAAUCCUUCCUCUGAUUGGUGAAUAUGGAGAAGUUGUAAGAGAUCUUCGAAACCAAUCUGAAGCUACAAUUUCUAUUACUGAUAGUUCAACUCCAGAGCGCAUAGUGACUGUUACUGGCAACAUAAACAUUAUACAAAAAGCAUUUGCUUUAAUUACAAAUAUUUUGGAACAGAAUUCUAUACAUCUUCAAAAUAAUCGAAAGUCAUCAAAUACAAAUUCUACAACACUAAAACUUAUCGUUCCCGCAUCUCAAUGUGGAUCAUUAAUUGGAAAAGGAGGUGUAAAAAUUAGAGAAAUCCGAGAAGCUAGUGGAGCUAUGGUAAAUGUAGCAUCAGAUCUUUUGCCAAAUUCUACAGAAAGGACUGUGAGUAUUAGUGGUACAGCCGAAGCUAUCACUGAAGCUAUUCAUCAAAUAUGUAUUGUUAUGUUAGAGACACCUGGAAGAGGACCUACAGUUGCUUACAGACCUUUAGUAACACAGCCAGGACCUGUUGUAUUUUGUGGUGGCCAGGCUUAUACUCUACAAGGUUCACUUGCUAUUCCAGCUGUCGGUGAUCAAUCACCUUCUAGUACUGCCUUAAAUACUAUUGCAAGUAUUGCUCCAAAUUUAAUUGCAGGUUCAGGAUUAGAUCCAUCAGUAUUGGCUGCAUUAGCUGGUAGUCAAUUAAGAGGAGGUGGUGUCAGUUCAAAAACUUCACAACAACAUAUUACUCAUGAGAUGGCUAUACCAAAUGAUAUAAUUGGAUGUAUUAUUGGUAAAGGAGGAACUAAAAUUGCUGAAAUUAGAAGAAUAAGUGGAGCCAUGAUAAGAAUAUCUAAUACUGAAGAACAUGAAGCGUCUGGAAAAAUGGAAAGAGCUAUAACAAUCAGUGGACAAGCAGAUGCAGUUAAUGUUGCUAAAACUUUAAUUAACCUAAGUGUUGAUCAGUACAAUAAAUCAUCUGGAGAAUCAGCUGAUUUUGAUGAAGAAUUUUCAUCUAAUUUUACAGCAGAUGCAAAGACAACAACUGAAACUUUGGCAACAUUACUAUCAAAUCCAAAAAGUUUAGGAGCCUUAGGGGCGUUAACUGGACUCAAGGAAUUAUUAGGAAAUAUUAACAGUAAAAAACAAUUAAAUAAAAAAAGAGAUAAAAUCGAUAAAUUCACUCCAUAUUGAAACACCUACUUAUUAAAUAUCAUUGUUAUUUUGUUUAA